AAGUUGCCGUUGCCUCAACCCUUGUAGCGCAUGGAAAGGAAACUCGUGGGUACGCGUGGCGUCCCUUUCCUCUUGCUAUUGCUACCACGUUGCUCUUCCAUUAGACAAAUCUCGGAUCUUGACACUGCCAUUACAAACCCAGCUGCUCAAAGCCGCCAUAAGCAGAUGAAUAGUCGCAAAGAUGACAUUUUUAAGCAGUCACUCCUCAGUGACGUUUCGCAUGGCAACGCCCCUCUCUCUGCUUCGAAGAUCACUCAGAAAUCUCACCACAAUACCAGAAAGUGGGAAGCUCAACGUUCAAGAAAGCGUCUCCCUCUUGCAACAUCUUGGCGACACCAGAGCGCUGCACCCCGGCAGGUCACUUCACUCAGUCAUCAUAAAAGCUGGGUUGGAUCAGGAAGUGUUCGUACAGAACAAUAUGAUGAGGUUUUAUUCUCUCUGUGGCGAUCUUGCGAAUGCCCGCUUCCUGUUUGACGGAAUGCGUGAACGCAAUUUGGUGUCUUGGACCGGCAUGAUUUCUUCAUACGUGACUAAGGGCCAGUAUGAGCUUGCUUUGCGGAUGUAUGCUUUUAUGUGUCAGACCGGUGUGAAGCCGAAUGAAUUUGGCUUCCCGGUGGCGCUUAAGGCAUGCAGACUUGCUCAUGAUUUCACGAUGGGAAUGCUCAUCCAUGCACAGUUACUUAAAUGCGGGUUUGAGUCCAAUGGGUUCUGCAGUACUUCUGUUCUUGGCCUCUAUAUUGAAAGGGGAGAUUUGAGAACAGGUCGUAUGAUGUUUGACAGCAUACCUUUAGGCGAAAAAUCUGAAGCCUUAUGGAAUACUUUACUUGAUACUUAUGUACAGAACAACUAUAUGGAGGAAGCUAUCCAGUUAUUUUAUCAGAUGAUGCAGUGUGAUGUACAGCCAAGUCAUUUGACUUAUGCGAUCCUUGCAAAGUUAGCGGCUGACACAUUGGAUGUUGGCUUGGCAAGAUUGUUUCAUGGCCAAAUUGUUAAAGUUGGUUUAGAAACUGAUGUUAUUGUGGGUGGAGCUCUGGUAGAUUCUUACUCAAAACUCGGAUUCCUGGAUGUUGCUGUUGGAAUAUUUCAAAAUCUAGAAGAGAAAGAUAACGUGGUUUGCUGUACUCUAUUGGCUGGGUUUCAUCAGAGUGGAGAUGCUGAAAAAGGCCUUAACUGCUACAUCUCGUUUCUUGCUGAAGGUAAUAAGCCUGACAUUUACACACUAGCCAGUGUUUUUAGUUUGUGCUCAAAUGUGGACAGUGCAGCUCUUGGUAACCAGGUACAUUGCUCUCUCGUUAAAUAUGGCUUCAAAUUAGAUUCGUUUCUGGGUACUGCUAUAAUAGACAUGUAUGGAGGCAUGGGAAUGGUAUCCGAAGCUUACAAAUGCUUCCUUGACGUCAACAGUAAAAAUGAGAUAUGCUUUAGUGUGAUGAUUAGCAAUUUAGUUCUCAAUCAUUACUGUGAGAUGGCUCUGGAUUUGUUCUAUGAGAUUAAGAGUGGAGGUCUCGCACCAAGUCACUCUACGAUUAGUGCAAUACUCCGACUUUGUGGAAAUCUUCAGUUGUUGAAAGAAGGAAGAUCAAUACAUUGUCAUUUUGUCAAAAGUGUUGGUGAUGACUGCUAUAGAUUGUGCUUAGAAAAUUCCCUUAUUGACAUGUAUGCUAAAUGUGGAGCAGUUGAUGAUGCAAAAUUGGUGUUUGAGGAAAUGCAAAUGCACAAUGAGUUUUCAUGGACUGUCUUAAUGUCAGGUUGCAAUGAAGUAGGCUGGUAUCAAGAAACUUUGAGAAUGUUUAGUGACUUGGUUUGUACUUCAACUUCUGUAAGACCCAGCCAAUUUACUUUUGUGAAUGUCCUUCAGGCUUGCACACAGACAGAAGCACUGGUUACAGGAAAACAAAGCCAUGGUUACAUUCUAAAAGUUGGAUUUGAGUCUCAUCUGUUUAUUGGAAGUGCAUUGAUCAAUAUGUAUUCAGUAUUUAAAUCCGGAAUGCAGGAUGCUUUUCUUGUGUUCUCAUCUAUGAUGAAGCGAGAUUUGGUCUCCUGGAGUACCAUGAUCACUGCAUGCACUCAAAAUGGGCACUAUGAUCAAGCUCUAAAACUUUUCUCUGAAUUUCUUAUUUCACCCGAGUAUUUGGUGGAUGAUUCUGUAUUAUCCAGUUGUCUCUCUGCUUGUGCUGGCUUGUCUGCACUAGAGUUGGGUAUGCUGUUUCAUGCCUGCAUUAUCAGAACUGGUUUUAUGUCUCAUGUGCAUGUUGCAUCUUCGACUAUUGAUAUGUAUAGCAAGUGUGGAAGUCUGGAAAAUGCAUGUAAGGUUUUCGAUGAUAUCGAAUGCCAUAAUAUGGUUUCUUACACAACUAUGGUGUCUGGAUAUGCGCGACAUGGCCGGGGUAGAGAGGCCUUUGUGCUGUUUAAUAAGAUGAAGGAAGCAGGGUUACAACCAGAUGCAAUCACCUUUGUUGGAGUCUUGAAUGCAUGUAGUCAUGCUGGGCUUGUGAAAGAAGGGUGGCUUGUUUUUGAGUCUCUCAUAAACGAAUAUACGUCAGAGAUAACGAUAAGUCAUUAUGCCUGCAUGGUUGAUCUCCUGGGUCGAGCUGAACUUUUGGAUGAGGCCGAGAAUCUCAUAAAUGAAGUUCCAUCAAACUUGAGAUAUCUUCUGUGGAAGACAUUAUUGAACACCUGCAGUAAACAUGGAAAUGUCGAAACAGCAAAGAAAAUUGCCCUGAGGCUAAGCAAGUUAGAGCCUAACAAGCCUUUAAACUAUCUUCUGUUGUCUAACAUCUAUGCAUCAGCUUCAAUGUGGGAGGAUGUUGCAGAAUUUAGGGGAAGACUGCAAGAAGUUAAUCCUUGUAGGCAACCUGGAAGUAGUUGGGUCCAAGUGGCACAGUGAUUGCUGUCAAUCUGUUGAUCCUCUGAUUCUCUCUGA